UAGUCAGUAUACGUUUUUAUUGAUCCGACCACGUAGUGGUUAUACUCUUUGGAUCCAACUUCAGAGAAUUUACGUCAAUACCCAUUCUUUAUUUUUUUAUAAUAUCAGUUGUAAAUAAACAAAAGGUAUGGUAAAUUUGAUGGAUACUUUGAUGAUUAAUACGGUGACGGACGGAGCUAUGACUUUCUUGCGCCAUAUCGGCGUGUUCAAGUCCAAGACUGUAGAGGCUCCCCCAGUAACUAUUAUAGUAAAGAUGCCUCUCUGGGAGUUGGCGCAAGAAGCUGGGCCGUUCGUGCGGCUCGCCGGCCUGAGCGGAGCUUCCGCCGUAGUACUGGGAGCUAUGGGUGCCCAUCGCACUUUCCCAGAAACCGAUACCAAAGAAGAUCUGAGGAAAAUAUUUGAUACUGCUAAUCGGUUCCAUUUCCUGCACACUUUGGCACUGAUGACAGUGCCACUCUGCAAAAGACCUUUCAUUGCUGGAGCAUUCUUCAUGGCAGGGAUGGGGUUGUUCUGUGGAACCUGUUACUACCAUGCAUUCACUGGAGACCGCAGUUUACGUAAACUCACACCAAUAGGGGGAUCAUGCCUCAUACUUGGCUGGAUAGCAAUGGUAUUUUAAGAAUAAUGGAAUGUAUUAGGAUUUUAUCACUUCAUUUAUAUAAGUGUCAAUUAUAUGAUAAAUGUCAUUAGUAGGUAUGGAUAUUUUAUUAGAAAACUGUAUGCAUGUUUAUUAGGGAUUUCUAGACCAAAACCAUUUUAACUAUGUUAUGAGCUUAGCAAUACAGUAGAGUCCGGUUAGUACGACUUCGCAUAUAACAGCUAACUGGUAAUAGCAACGUAAGUAUAAGCACAAGUUUGGUUCUAGUAUGAGCUACUAUGAAAGUAUAACCGUUUAUUAUGACCACUUAUAACGACCGACCACUUUUAACGAUGGAAAUUGACACAAAAUCUAUCUGUCAAGUCCAGUUACAACGACGAGCGACAUAGUAUUAACAAAUAAAUUGAAGAAUCUUACUCCGUCCCGCCCACGCAACUCCUCUCCCCCCUUUGCCUAUACGCAGCAAUAUUAUUUAUUUAUUUCCAAAAACAUGUCCGGCUCACAGCGGAGGCCAAUACACAAUACAUUUUAUACACAACACAAGACAAGACAAGUAAACAAACACAACAAAACAAACAAUUCAUCAUAAAUAUAAACUGAAACAUAAUAAUACUGAUAAUUAAACAUAAUAAAACAACAUUUUAUAUUCGGGCAUAUCUCCCACCUAGUACUAUGCCUUAUGGGAAACGGUCGAAGAGAUAGUUUAGAUCCGGGAACCGCUACCAAAUUUUAGUAUGUUGUUGGGCAUGGUACUGGGUCUCCAAAACUGCCGGGAGACAGCGGCGCCGGCCAUCUACUUCAGCGGAAUGACGUCUAGCUAUAGCUGUUAGCAAAAUGAAACUGCACUUUAUCCGAAAGCAAGCCGCUUUGCCCAGUGAUACUAGGGACCAGUCUGAAUGAUUUCAUCCGAGGAAACACAAAUUUCAUCCACUACAAUUCAAGAUGGCGGACCUUUUCCAAAAUGGCGGCUGCAAAAUUAAAAAAAGUUGUAGACACAAAACGGGUGCACCGAUUUUAGUGAUUGAUAUAUCAAUCAAUUCGUAUUGACUUGACGCCUGUAAUCGGAAAAAAUAUACCAUUUAAGAAAUUAAAGAUGGCGGCCGAAUAUUAAGAAAUUUAUGUUUCUUUUUUAAUUUUUUUCCUUCUACUGAAAAUAACAACUAAAUGUUCUAUAGUAUGGUCACAUAUUCUUUCAUUUAAAUGAAACCUGAUAAUAUUAGCUACAAAAUAAAAUAAAAAACUUGACAAUCCGUUGAGCAGUUUUUUAACUAUACGCAUUACAAAAAGCGCAUAACUCCCGUCCGAAACGGCCCCCUCGCGUCAAAACUGACAACUUUGAUUUUAUUUCUUUAUAUUUAAAGGUAAAAAAAGAAAAUAAUACAUAUUUACUUUAUUUAUUGAGCUAUAAAUAAAUGUAUUGCCGCUUAUUAUUUGUGACGUUCCACGGAAAAAGGAACCUUAUGGAGGCUGGCGCUUACGUCGCAUAGCACCGCGAUAGUAUUGGAGCGGCGUUAAUAGCGCCAACCGCCAUAAGGUACCUUUACCCGUGGGACGUCACAUUUACUCUUCUUUAUCAUCUUUUCCGAUGUGGGUGAACUGUAAAAAAAAGAAAAUUCAUAUGAAAUCAGAACAAAAUAUACCUACCUAAUAUAAUUAAAUUGAAUAUAUAGAAAUGAACUACGCCAAACUGUCCCGUCCCUCCAUUACUAUUUCAAUGUGUGUAGUAUUGAAAUAGUAAUGGAGGGGCGGGACAGAUUGGCAUAGUUUUUCUAUAAGUACAUUUCGUUUUUGCAGUUGCCUUUGCAUGUGCUGCAUUCUGCAUUGCACUGUGCAGGGUAGACCCAUCCUCCGACACGUGCAGCGCAUUGGUUCGUAACCUUUUUUACAGCCGCAAUGGUCCAGGUUUGAUAAUUGAAAAAAUUGACAGAAGCAAAUACAAAAUAGGUGUUGAAGUCCCUGACUUCUGAGCUAAGUAAAAAACCUGUUACAGAAGUCAGUGUCCUUUCCCAGACAAUAGAAAUAGGCAGAAUUUGCUGUCUACGUGUGAUGUACUAUUUACAUGGAACUACUGAACUAAUUUUGAUGAAUGAGGCGUCAAUUCAUUCGCCUUUGUAGCCCAGGUGCACAAAACUUAAAUUUUAACCGACUUUCAAAGGAGGAGAUUAGGUACGAAAAGAAACCGUUGUUUUACUUAUUUAUCAAACAAAUUCAAUUUAUAAAUUAUAAUUCCACUCCAAAAUAUCGUUUUCAUGUGUUUUAUGUAAUGUUCUUUCAUUUAAUACCGGAUAAUUCGGACUAUUCUUUGCAUAAUAUGAGCGCAUUAAGGUAGAAUUGUUGGCGCGCUUUAGUUUUUUUUGUACAACUUCCACAGUUUUUGUCCGAAAUUAAAAAUUUAAGCUGUGACGUAUAGUUGAAUAACUGGUUUCUUUUAUAUUAGACGUAAAAUUGUUAUAACGUUUUUAGUUGAGCUAUAAAAUAUAUAUACACGAACUUUUCUCAAAAAAGUGGUUUUUCUUUGUUUGUAGCUCCUAAAAUAUACAUUGUUUUUAUAAACAAUGUAUUAACGAAUCAUAAUAUAUUUAAUAACCUUUCGUUUGAUAUAGCAGACGUGUAUGUAGUUAUAAUUUAGAUUUUGCAAAUUUCUGUAGUGGUCACAUGUAUGACGCCAUUAUUUGUCACUCAGGCACUAUAGAGAUUGUCUCCCAGCAGUUUUAUGAUCCUUUUUAUAUUGCUAAUAACAUACUAGAAGCUUAUGCGGAUUAUCCUGAAAAUGACCAAUUUCGAUUUUUUUAACUUUAAUGCAUUUGUUCUAGCAAAUGACUACAUUUUGAUGCAUAAUUUUCACAUUUUUGGUCUGAUUUUGAUUACUUUGAUAUCAGUGUAUGGCUUGAGAUCAUUAUCAAUUUAAUUUUGUAGUACAUUGCUUUAACGUCCGACUUUUGGUUUGGUUGAAAAACCCAAAUAAUCGUUUUUUUUUUUUUUUCAUUAUUUUGAUUUAUUUUUAAAUUUCUCUUAAA